UAAAGGAGGCAAAACCAACUUGUGACGCAUUUCUUGCCCACUCAGAUGCCGUUGACUUGCAGUAGUGUACGUACAUAUCAUGUCUUCGCAUGUCUUGGAAUGAUCCAGACAGGGGAAGAUCGUACGUAUGCGUAUGCCCAGCAAGCGGUAAAAAUCUGGUAAUUGUCAGAAUUGAGACGAAUAUGAACUGGUCUUCCAGGGUAUUACAAUCUAGUGCGGAAUUAUAGCGAAUGGUUGAUAGCCAUCUAUGACCUGUUUAGUGAGUGUAUACAAGGUUUGUUAUAUUAUAGCAGCCACGCCUGUGACGGGCAAUCGUAUUAAUAUGUGACAGUUAAAACUUCCCAUAUUCAUUGCGACGUGGUCUCGCAUCAAACUUCCUUUAUUUUUUUUUACGCAGACUGCUUUCAUUACCUAUAACUACCUAAUAGCCAAAUCUUGGCAAGCUACCCCCCUUUUAUCAGUUGAUAUAAUACUACUACUACCUUCACUACGCCGACUAGGCCGAGACGACAACUACACCUCGACGAUAUCCUAAACUUUUACAAGGGAAACAUGGGCAUCACGAAGAAUGGCGGUAUUCGGCCGUUGGCCGUGAUAGUUCCACUUAUCCUAUCCAUUGCGGGAUUCGUUUUAGCAAUGAUAGCACUUUUCGCCGGCAGCGGAUCGCAACAGCAAGCGCUAGAAGACUAUCACCUUAUUGCCAUAAACAUGUCUGAUUUUGGACACAAUCUCAUACCGACUUCGACGUCUUCUGGGUCGGAACCUACGUCUACCAGCUCCAUCUGGGACGAUAUCGAAGGGGCAAUAACAGACGAGCUGAACGACAUUAUCGGCGAUGUCGCCGACAAGCUCUCACAGGAACUAGGCAUUUCGCAGUGGUAUAGCUUACACGUCAUGACCGCAUGCGAGGGGAACUUCGCGCCAAACGCCACCUCGCAGGGCGCUUGGUACAAUACGACGAACUGCACGGCGCAAUCACCAGGAGUCCACUUCAACCUCACCGCCGUAAUCCAAAAAGAACUCGACCAAGGCCCUCUCAAGCUCAACGCCUCCUCCAUCCCAAUCCCGGACAAGAUCCAAGAAGCCAUCGACUACCUCAACAGCUUCCUUCUCGCGACCUUCGUGCUCUUCGUCCUCGGCGCCGGCUUCUCGGGUCUGUCCAUCCUCUCCUGCAUCGCGGUCCUGGUCCUCGCGCUCCUCCGCCACAACAACAGCAACAACCCGAUCAACGCCGCCGUCGCCGCCGCCAACAUCGUCCUCGCGGCCCUGGCUACGCUGGCCUUAGCGCUUGCCAGCGCCAUCGCGACGGCGAUCUCGAAGAAGGGUGUUAAGGAGAUUAAUGAUGCCGGGGACGAGGCGGGCAUCUCGGCCGUGCAGGGCUCGAAGCUUAUGGUUGUGAGCUGGGUCGCGUUCGCGGUUAUGCUCGUCGCGACGGCGUUUUGGGGCCUCGCGUGUUGGAUUGCGCGAAGGAAUAGGGGGAGAGUGGUGGUAAUGGCGGAUGGUGAGAAGAGGACGAGGACGAGGACGAGGGGGAGUGGGGAGAGCGGGCGUGGGUUGUUGGGGAUAUUUAGGCGGAGGCGUUAGGAGGCGUGAGAGGACGUUUUGAGAAAAAAAGGGGGGAGGGGGGAUGGUUUAUGACUAAGCUGGAGUUUGCGAGGGUUGGCUUCGGAUGAUACCAUUGUUAAGGGGGUGGCUUCUUGUUUCUAUGAUCGUUGCUUCUUUCUAUUGCUUAGACUACCUGUUAUCAGUGAAAUAUCUACAGUUUUCUAUACUAAUAUUUUAAGUUCAUUCUGUCUUUGACUAGCCCAUGUCUAAAUAUCACACCUCUGGCAGGAAGUA